AUGCAUCGGGCAGGUGUUCUCCUGCCUCCUCUUGCCUUGGAACUGGAGGACAAAUGUCAUCUUUGCAGUUAUUCGCAUGAUCCGAAGAUGACGUCACCGUCUGCUGGCGCUGCGUUGCAAAUCGAUAGUCGGUGUUGCGUCGGCACGUCGAAGAGGAGAUCGGGACAAACUAACCGCUCACAGUUGGCCCAACCAGCGGCUGAGGUGGCGAGAUGUGCUGCUCCCGCGAGUGGGCAAUCAAAGUGUGUCUUUGAGCUUCCUUGGGGAAUAACAGAACUCCACUCACGUCCGCCUGCACAAGCACACUUCAUUCCUCCUCCUCCUCCUCCAAACACUUCUCUUCAUCGCAGUCAGUGUCGUCAUCAUGAUCGAUUUUCGUCAUCUCGCCCCCCUUUCCCAUCGCGUCUCCACCUCCUCGCUGUCUCUUUGGAGCCCAUCUUGUCCGGCAGGGCUGGAGGCCGCGGGCCGACGUCUCGAGCGCAACGUCUUGCCGGUCGCCUCAUGAGUAGUAUGCGGGCGGGGCAUGAUUUAAGCCACGAUCGUCGAGUCGUCCACUUGCCGCCUGUCCGCUUCGCCUGCGCCACUCGUCCCGGCCACGCCUCGACUCGCCAGCCCGUCGCGACUCCCGACAGCCUCGCAGCUGUUCGAGCCGAAGCGCCGAUCGAUCCGCCUCGCGGCCGA